AUGGCACGAAUGACCGCAAUUUUGGCUACAGCCAUCAUCAGUCUCGCUUAUGCUGCUCCUAUGAGCCCCGUCCAAGAAGGAGAAGUUAAAGCUCGAGGUUUGUUAGAUGCCGAGUAUGCUCAGCUCGAUUGGUUUAUGGCUAAACGUGACCCAGAGCUGUCUUAUGUGAACAGCCGCGCACCGGAAUUGAGCUACGUGAAUUCGAAGCGGGAGCCUGAAUUGAGCUAUGUCAAUUCUAAGCGUGAACCAGAGCUUAGCUACGUCAAUUCCAAGCGGGAGCCAGAGUUGAGUUAUGUGAACUCUAAGCGAGAACCUGAGCUGAGCUAUGUCAACUCCAAACGUGAACCCGAGUUGAGUUAUGUCAACUCCAAGCGUGAAGCGGAGCCUGAACUCAGCUACGUUAACUCUAAGCGUCAGCCUGAAUUGAGCUACGUUAACUCCAAGCGAGAACCUGAGCUGAGCUAUGUCAACUCCAAACGUGAACCCGAGUUGAGUUAUGUCAACUCCAAGCGUGAAGCGGAGCCUGAACUCAGCUACGUUAACUCUAAGCGUGAGCCUGAAUUGAGCUACGUUAAAGAUAUAGUGGUAUCACAAGGAGACAGAAAUGGAAGUUGGAACUUGGCUAUAUGUAGUUGA